AUGAAUUUAAAUCAAACAAAAAUUUAUAAUACCGAUCUUAAUAAUUUUGAGUAUGUGCCUGAAGAUUAUGAAGAAGAUACCGAGAGUACAAGUUUGGUUGUUGAGUCUGAAAGUAUUAUAACAGAAAGUGUUAUGACAGAUAAAUUUGACACUGAUAUAGAAUUGAAGCCAUUUCUUUUCAACUACACCAGCUUCGAUAAAGCAUGUGAAUUGGCAGAAGAAGAAGAAAGGGAAAAUUUCAAUAUUUUAAGAGAAAAUCACACUGAUGCUAAUGUAGACAGCAGUGACUUAGUAUCAUCUUUGACAUUCGAUUUUGAACCCGGAUUAGAUGAUGAAAGUGAAUACCUUUGUAAACAUUUACACAAGAAUGAUACAAAUGAUGGACUUCGAAUUUUGGGUCAUUGGAUCUUGCGCAUGGCUGAGACCGCUGAUGAGGAUCAUUUUCAGUAA